GCUGGGCGCGCGCGUCGGUCAUAGCAGGUAUCCCGAGCGCGCGCGUUUACGCAUCACCGCCAACUCCAUCCAAUGAUCGAGCCGUUCAGCUUCACACGGGCCACGACGCGGCGAUAAGGACCGAGAGAGACUGAAAGAGGACAGAGGGGAGACAUAUAUACUUACGGCGCGAGAAGCCCGACCGAGAGGAAACACACAAACACAGAAAGGCGGAAAGAAUCGCAACACUAUGAAGGCGUGCGCCGGUGCGAUGUUCUGCGGGACAGUAGCGAUGCUGCUACUGGCCUCGGGCGGGGAUGCGGCGGCGGACGGGGGCAUCUCCUUCGAGUACCACCGGUAUGAGGAGAUGCGGAAAGCCCUGGUGUCUGUGUGGCUGCAGUGCCCCUCCAUCACCCGCAUCUACACCAUUGGGGAAAGCUUCGAGGGCCGCGAGCUGCUCGUGCUGGAGAUGAGCGACAACCCGGGGGUCCACGAGCCUGGCGAGCCGGAGUUCAAGUACAUCGGGAACAUGCAUGGCAAUGAGGCUGUGGGCAGGGAGCUUCUCAUCUACCUGGCCCAGUACCUGUGCAACGAGUACCAGCGCGGCAACGACAGCAUCAUCAACCUGGUGCACUCCACACGCAUCCACAUCAUGCCCUCAAUGAACCCAGACGGCUUCGAGAAGGCUGCCUCCCAGUCUGGUGACAUGAAGGAUUGGUUUGUGGGUCGGAGCAACGCUCAGGGUAUCGAUCUGAACCGUAACUUUCCGGACCUGGACCGCAUUGUCUACAUGAACGAGCGGGAGGGGGGAGCUAACAACCACCUGUUGAAGAACAUAAAGAAAGCAGUUGACGAAAACACCAAGCUCGCUCCAGAGACCAAGGCAGUAAUUCACUGGAUCAUGGACAUUCCUUUUGUGCUGUCUGCCAACCUGCAUGGAGGGGAUGUGGUGGCCAACUACCCAUAUGAUGAAACCCGCAGUGGCUCCACCCAUGAGUACAGUGCCAGCCCCGAUGACCUGGUGUUCAAGAGUCUGGCGCGGGCAUACUCCAGCUACAACCCUGUGAUGUCGGACCCCAAAAGGUCACCAUGCCGCCGGAACGACGACGACUCAAGCUUCAAAGAGGGCACCACCAAUGGCGGGGCUUGGUACAGCGUACCUGGAGGCAUGCAGGACUUUAACUACCUGAGUAGUAAUUGUUUUGAGAUCACACUGGAGUUAAGCUGUGAUAAGUUCCCUCUGGAGAACACCCUCAAAACAUAUUGGGACCAGAAUCAAAACUCCCUCAUCAACUACAUAGAGCAGGUUCAUCAUGGAGUGGCAGGUUUUGUACGUGAUCUUCAAGGUAAUCCUAUCUCCAAUGCCUCUAUUUCUGUGGAGGGCAUCGACCAUGACAUUACCUCAGCUAAGGAUGGUGAUUACUGGCGUUUGCUGCUUCCUGGUAACUACAAGAUUUCUGCUUCAGCUCCCGGAUACUUGACCGUUAUCAAGAAGGUGGCUGUCCCCAGUGGCCCUGCUACUCGGCUCGACUUUGAACUGGAGUCACUGGAGGAACGGAAGGAAGAGGAGAAGGAGGAGCUUAUGGACUGGUGGAAGAUGAUGUCAGAGACACUUAACUUCUAACUGGCCAAAACGGUCACUGUUUGGUUUCCUAUUGGCUGAGGGUAUCAGGAGCAUCCUGGGUGUAAAAUAUUUAAUCAUUGUUGUAUUUAUGCUCACCCACACAAAGGCAGAUUUUUUUUUUCCCAAAGAGCACUACAUGAAGACUCUAAAAUAGGUUCAUUAUGUAUAAUAAGAGCUUUAUUCAUGCAUAUGAGGGCACAAGUAGGUUACGUAAAAUUCUAUCACAGAAUUGCUACUCUGGUAAUAGAAAAACCUUUGGCCAUCUACAUAACCCUGGAUUAUAUAGAUUAUAGUGGUAAUUUUUUAAGUUUUCUGGAAUCCUUCUGUUAUGCUCUUCACAGAUGAAUGACGAAUUAAUAUUUUAUUGUUGAGCAUCUAGCUUACAGGUGUUGUAGCAACAUGUUAAUUGUCCGCUGCCUGUGUCCACACACACGCACGCACACACGCACACACACGGGAAGGGACUAACUCAGUCGGUGUGGUUUAAUUGACUGAUCUUUCAUUUUUAACCAUGUGUUUGACAUUGCUAUUGUGAGAUACUUUCAUAACCACAGUCAUCAAUUGCACCAAUCAACCAGGAAGCACUGUCAUGAAUGAAUUAAUCUGCCAGAAAUUACUCAUAAUUAUCAGUCUGCAUUACAGUUAUGACCAAUUAGGACUGAAGCCAGUUUAGACAGCGCUGAUAAAUGACAUAUUAAUACUAAUGUCUCUUUCUUGUUUUGAAACAGUGUCCUGUGAAUUUAAUUAAUGUUCACCUUUUUCUUAUUUUAAAAGGAGUUGCAUUUGUAAACCUAUCAUAUCUAGUUUUAUGAUAUUCUUGAAUAUUUAAACUGACUGUAAAGAGUACUCAUGGAUGUCAAAUAACAUCCAUUAUUAUUAGAACUAUAUAAAAACCUGAGUCAAUAUAGUUAUAAACUUGUACAAUAUAUGUUCUUGAAGUAAAGUUACACUUUAAAAGCAACAGAUUUUGAUGGCACAAUUGGGAGAGAUGGCAGUGUCUCUCAAAAUGAGAAAUAGCUCGUGAGAUAUUACAUUUUGUAAACAAUACUGAAAUGUAUCAGUCCAUGACAGAACAAUGUUAACAAACGCCCUGUAAUAUUUUUGUCCUGCAACCAUAAAUGACUGUUUAGCUUGCCACUGUUUCUAUCAUGAAAACAUGAAGUAUGUUUAGAAUCACACUGGCAAAUCACCAGUGUUAAAUUAAGACCUGCGUUGCUCGGGUGGUUUCCAAUGAAUGCUUAACACCUACAAUUGUAGCGUGUUCAAACACUAGGCUUUAUGAUAAAUUUCAGUCCUGUCAGCAUAAAACCCAAAGCCAUAACUAAAGAUUAUUUGAGAUAUAUGGUUCUAUAACUUUCCAAAUUUAUGUGUUAAAUAUAUAUGAAUGUAAUGAUGAUUUAACUGGAUACUGCAAUUCACAAACAAAUUAAAAUUUCUUUCUGUUGUCAGUC